AUGGGCUCAUAAUGUUGUAAUGGAUAAAGCAAAUCUCUUAAUUAUGAGAUAGUCAAUGACAGUAUCAAAAACAGUUCUUUGUUUAAACAAUCAAUACAUAGUCUUCCAUUCACUAAUCAAAUGCCAUGCAAUAACGAUGAAAUAUUAGAGUUAAAAAAAGAGAAUGAAAUGGGUCUUCCUCCAAUUAGUGAAAAUAUUAGUCAAGUUAAUGAACUUGAGAAAGAGAAACUAUAAUAGGAUUUAUCUUAAGUAACUGUUGCUCAAGAUCCCAAAUCAACUAAUAAUAUAGCUAAUACAUCAGAUCAAUAAAUUAAAGAAGGCUAUAAUAAUAGGUCUUAAUCUACUCCUUUUAAGAGAAAGACACUUACUUCACUUGGUACAGUUAAAUUGGGAGCAGAUGUGUUUGUAAGUUUAAAAUAGGGCAGUAUUGGAAAAUUUUACUCAACUGGAUCAACAUUAGGAGCUGGUGCUUAUGGAAAAGUGUGGAAAGUUACUCAUAAAACAACUGGUAUAAACUCAAAAUCAUUUAUUAAAUAGGAUUAAUAAGAGCUAUGAAAUAAAUCAAAAAGUCUUCUUUAAUUCAAGAAGAAUAAUAAAGGUUGUUUGCUGAAAUGAAUAUACUCAAGAACUUAGAUCAUCCUCAUAUAGUGAAACUGUAUGAAUUGUAUUAAGAUGCACAGAAUUACUAUUUAGUUACUGAGUAUUUGAGUGGAGGUGAACUCUUUGAGAGAAUCAAAGCUAUGACUAUCUUUAAUGAAAAGAAAGCAGCUGAAUAUAUGAGACAAAUUCUCUCUGCUGUCAUGUAUUGUCAUGAAUAGAAAAUUGUACAUAGAGAUUUAAAACCUGAAAAUAUCUUGUUUGUUAAUGAUUCCUCAACUUCAACCUUGAAAAUUAUCGAUUUUGGAACUUCCAGAAAAUAUGAUCCUUCUAAAAAGAUGACUAAAAAACUAGGAACAGUAAGAAUUUAUUUGAUAUAAUUACUUUUUUUAGCCUUAUUACAUUGCCCCAGAAGUAUUAAAACAAGACUAUAAUGAAAAAUGUGAUAUCUGGUCAUGUGGUGUUAUAUUAUAUAUUUUGUUAUGUGGAUAUCCUCCAUUCAUUGGUAAAACAGAAAAGGAAAUAAUGAAGAAGGUAGGAGAAGGUAAAUAUGAAUUUGAUGGUAAUGUCUUAAUUUCUUAUUAUAAGUGCAGCUGACGAUUGGAAUUAAAUAUCGAAAGAAGCCAAGAAUCUAAUUAAUAGAAUGUUGCAUGUAAAUCCAAAUUUCAGAAUAUCAGCCAAAUAGGCUUUGAGUGAUGCCUGGAUUGUAAAGCAUUGCUCAUAAACUACUACAAACCUCAAUGUUAAUUUGAGAGUACUUUAGAAUCUCUAAAAAUUUUAAGUAUUCUUUAUUAUUUAUUAGGCUAAAUCCAUUUUUUCUUAGGCUGUUUUAUCAUAUAUUGCUUGUUAAAUGACAAAUCAAUUAGAAUAAGAUGAAUUACUUAAAACAUUCCAAAGUCUCGAUAAGAAUAAUGAUGGAAUAUUAUCAAGGGAAGAAUUAAUAGAAGGAUACAAUACAAUCUAUUAAGAUAAGGAGAAAGCAGAAUAAGAAGUUAUUAAAAUUUUGCAAUUGAUAGAUUUGAAUCAAAGUGGUUAAGUAGAUUUUUCAGGUUUAUAUGAUUUAUUUAUAUAUUUAGAAUUCUUGAUGGCAGCUAUGAAUUAAGAGAAGUUGGUAUCUUUAUAGAAGGUCAAGGCAGCAUUUAAAGUUUUUGAUGCAAAUGAUGAUGGCAAGAUCUCUAAAUAAGAAUUAGAAUAAAUGAUUGGAACUUUAGAUUAAGAAUUAUGGGAAUAAAUUCUUGAGGAAUGCAAUGCUCAAGAGUUCAUUACAGAAAAAGAAUUUAUUAAUAUCUUACUUCAUUAAAAAAUUUGA